UAAAAUAACAUCUAGAAAGCGCGGAAUUGUGUUUGAAACAACACUCUUUAUUUAAACCAAAAAAAAAGAUAAAAAUCCAUGCUUAGUUAUGAAGAGACAUAGUGCCCUGAGUUCCAAGCAAUUGACGGGGCGAAUAAAGUCCGUUUACUGCAAGGAUUUCGUUUCCUACAGUGAGAUAACAUUUCAUCCGAAGCACUAUCUGAAUGUGUUGACCGGGCCGAAUGGCAGUGGCAAGUCCACCAUUGUCUCGGCCAUUAUUCUUGGCCUGGGCGGGGAGCCGCAUCUGCUGGACCGAUCCGCCAGCGUUGCCGACUACAUACAGAGCAACAAGACAUCGGCGACCAUAGUUGUGGCGGUUUACGGGCGGGAAGCCAACACCACGGAGACCUUCCGGCGCAUCAUCAACGCGAACGGAACGUCCGCCUUCGCCGUGAACAACAAGGAGACCUCCAGGAAGAACUUCCUGGCUGCCGUAUCCUCCUACAAUAUACAAGUCAGUAAUCUGUGUCAGUUCCUCCCGCAGGAUCGGGUUCAGGACUUCUCCAAGAUGAAUCCCCAAGAGCUCCUGCUCAAUACAAUGUCCUCCGUGUGCGACGAAGAGCUUACCAAGAGUUUCAAUAAUUUAAAGCAGAUGCGGGCACAACAAGCGAAUACCAAUGCUAAUCGAGAUAAGGAUAAGAAUGAUCUUGCUAAAAAACAAAAACGAUUAGAACACUUACAAAUGACUGUGUCCCAAUACAAAGAACGCGAGGAAGUUAAGCAAAAACUGCAAGUCCUUAGUGCAAAAAAAUUGUGGAUUGAAACACAGGCUGGAGAAGAAAAGGCCGCCGAACUAAAAUCCAAAGUUAAAAAGGCCAAAACUCAAAGCGAAAAAUUGAAGGAGCAACACAACAAACUUGUUCAGGCUCAAGAACAAAUACAGAGAAGAAAGGUGUCUUACAGAGAAGCCUGUUUGGAAAAGACGCGUUCUUUAGAUAAAGGUGUGGCAGAAAGAAAUGCUAUAGAAGGUCAGCUGGAUUCUCUAAAGCAAGGAAUUCGCGAAAAUAAAUAUCAAUUGGAGCAAAAUAUUCAAAAAUCACUUACAAACGCCACUGAAGCGGAGAAAGUAAAACAAUUGGUUGACAGCAAAACGGAAGAAUUAGAGGAUUUCAAUAGAAAUAGGCCUCAGAUUGUCGCAGAACUGGAAAAGGUUAAACAAGCAUGUGCCGCGGCAAAAGAAAAAGCCAUGGAACAGUAUAACAGACGAAAACAACUUGAACAACAACUUAAUGAAGAAAAGAUUCCAGAAAUUACAGCCUAUAAGCAUAAAAUAGAUCGACUGCAAAACGUGAAAAUGCAAAAAAUUGAAGAAAUUGGGCAGAGAAAUCCCAAUUUGGUUAAAGCUAUGAAUUGGUUGGCGCAGAACAAGCAGCGUUUUAAGUUAAACAUUUACGACCCAAUGUUACUUGAACUUAAUGUGGAAAAUUAUGAAGACGCCAAAUAUCUAGAAAACGUUGUAUCGCAGCGUGAUUUAUACGCAUUUGCGUGUGAGGAUAAGGAGGAUAUGUCGGAAUUGAUCAACGAGUUGUGUGUGAAGCAAAAAUUGGGAGUCAAUAUUAUAUAUUGCGAACCAGUUGAAAGGGUCAUGUACAGUCCAAGUAUUUCGAGAAAUGAUCUACGCCCCUUGGGUUUUCGUGCCUAUCUUGUGGAUCUUGUUACCGGGCCAAUACCAAUAAUAAACAAGCUGUGUGCUUCCUACUCAAUUCAUAAUAUUCCAAUUGGUACAGAUGCAGUAGGGAAUUAUACUUCAUCCAUUCCAAAAAAUAUUCGAGUUUAUUUUGGCGGAAACAAGAGAUUCGUCGUGACGGCAUCACGCUAUCGUUCUGAAACCAUUCUUACGGAGAGCACUAUCCAUGGAAAAAAGCAACUUAUUACAGUGGAUGCCCAACAAUUAGAACAAAUGAAAAAGCAUUAUACCGAAGCUGUGAAAGAUAGCAACAAAAUUAAAAACGCCAUCACCAUGACAGACAACGAGUUCGAGCGUUUGCAGACUGUUACAAGGGAUGAACAAGAUAAAAAGCGAAAACUUGACCAAAAACUAGCUCAUUUUAAUAAUCUUAAAAACGAAGUUGAAACACUCGGGAGAAAGUUGCAAAUUCUGCAGAAAGACGAUACACUGGACGCUCUUAAAAAUAAUUUCUAUAAUAGUGUGCAAAAAGACUUGAAGAAAAUACUUGUUACCGAGGCAAAAUUGUGCAAUUGCUUGAAAACCGUAGAGCUACUCAUGGUUGAAAAGAAAUUGGCCCAGACAAAGGCAUCCGUUUAUAUGGUGCAACAUGAGAGUCAAAGUGAAGCAAUCAAGGAAAGCGAGCUUCUGAGCACUACAGCAGCCAGAGACUUUGAACAAUUAAUGAACGUCCUGGAAGAGCAAAUGAACGAUAUCAACAAACGGAAGAGUGAUAUCCAACGGCUGUGCAACGGCGAAAUUCCAAACAGUUCCAAAUUUCCCUUUAAAAAGGAAUUUAAAGAUUUGGAAAACAUGCAAUUGCCGGAGUUACGUGAAGCAAUUCAUGACUUACAGGCACGAUUGGAGUGCAUGAAAAGUGUCAACACAGAGGCAAUUGACAGCUAUCAACAAUUGCAAAAUGAAGUCAAACUGAUGGAAGAAAGCAUUCAACAGUCUGUUAACCAAGCAAAAACCAUUGAAUCGGAAAUGUCUAAUUUAUACGACAUAUGGGAGCCGAAAUUAAACACCUUGGUAGAAACAAUUAGUACCAAGUUCAGCGAGUUUAUGGCGUCAAUUGAUUAUGUUGGAGAAGUUGUUUUAUCCAAAACAGAUAAAUUCGACUUUGAUUCGUACGGCAUUCAAAUAAUGGUCCAGUUUAGGAGGGGUGCCCACUUACAGCCAUUGGAUAAGUUCAUUCAAUCCGGUGGCGAACGCGCUGUAUCGAUUGCAAUUUACUCAUUGUCAUUGCAACAUGUCACUCAUGUACCAUUCAGGUGCGUUGAUGAGAUAAAUCAGGGCAUGGAUGCUAAAAAUGAGCGACACAUAUUCGACUUACUCCUCAAAGAAGCUACUAAGCACGGCUCUGCUCAGUAUUUGUUUGUAACACCUAAGUUGCUUCGAGACCUGAACUACAACGAACACUUAUGCGUUUCAAUUGUGCACAACUCAAAAUCAGUUUGUGAAGGCAUGAAAUUCCCAAUGAUUUGAAAAAAUUGGGCUUUUCCAAAGACUUCUAAUAUGAAUUUGUUGUCGUUUCAUCUAUUAAUGUAUUAAUGCCAUGUUAAAAUAAAAGAUCUUUUGUUAAUUUAAAUUCUAAAUCACUCUGAUACAAUUACUUUAAUAGCCGA